AGCAGAUAAUCACAGGCCACUGAGAGAGAGAGGACACACCUUCAGCUGAUUUUUGCUCACAGUUUACUCGGGGGAUGCGUUUCGUUUCACGAAAAGGUGUCAUCAAGAUUUGAGUCGUGUUUUCAGCUUCUCUAUUUUUGCGCAUAGGUUAUCCUGAGGCUGCUUUGCUCCAAAGUCGAAGAUGACUGGUGUUUUUGAGAACUUAAAUACUGAUAUGCAUACGAACCAGAUUACCUCAAGCAAUUACCACAGCUUGCACAAAUCGCAGGAGAGCCCGACUCUGCCAGUGUCCACGGCCACGGACAGCAGCUAUUACAACAGCCAGCAGCCUGGCCAUUGCGCAGGCUCUCCGUUUGGCCAACUUGGCUCCUACCAGUACCACGCCAACGCCACGAGCACUGUGCCAUACAACGCCAAGGCAUACGACCUUGGUUUCAACUCAACGUAUGGUGCAUACAGCUCCUACGUCUCCAACUCCUCUCCUACUCCAGCAGAUACAGAGAAAGAAGAGCGUGAGCCAGAAGUCCGGAUGGUUAAUGGAAAACCAAAGAAGGUCAGAAAACCUCGAACCAUUUACUCCAGCUUCCAACUGGCUGCACUUCAACGGAGGUUUCAGAAGACGCAGUAUUUGGCUCUACCAGAGCGGGCUGAGCUGGCAGCCUCCAUGGGCCUGACGCAAACACAGGUCAAAAUCUGGUUCCAAAACCGACGCUCCAAGUUCAAGAAGUUGUGGAAAAGUGGAGAACUCCCCCCAGACAUGCUUGGUGCUUCCAGUGAAUCUCCCCCCUGCACUCCGCCAACUACUGCCUGGGACUUUCCACAGACUCAAAGAAUGAACAGUGUCAACUCCAGUUUACCUCAGAGCAGCAGCAGCAGCAGCCCUCCCAACACGACUGCAGCGCCUUCAUCGUUUUUGGCCAACUACUCCUGGUACUCCACCACGAACUCUGCUGCGCAUCUGCAGCCUCUCAUCCAGCAUCACCACAACAACGCCAUAAGCGCUGGGACGAUAUUCUGAAACAAAACAAACAAAAUCGGGUUAAAAUCGGACAAUACUGGUGAAAAAAAGCUAAAAAAAACCCUAAUAUCUUCAUUUUACGGACCUCGAGUGUGUGCGUCAUAACAACUUUACGCGCCAUAAGAACUUUACGCGCCUUAAGAACUUUUACGCACAAGCAUCUAGGAAGUUAAUGGAGCCAGACAAGGCUUAUGGAUUUUGCCAGUUUUUGGUAAAAUGGGUAGUCAGAGAUUUCUACAGUUAUUUUUGUAUUUAUUUAUUUUGUUAAUGUCGAGGGAUGAGUGAACCACUAUUACCCAAAGCAAUCCACACAGUGUGGGCGCUAUAAGCCUACUUUUACGUCACUUUUUUCUUCUUCUUUUUUUUGCCAUUUUCUGCAAAAACAAAAACAUUCAUCUGCAGGACACGCUGUCACAAAUGUAGCACAAGUUUAACUGUAUCGUGCCUUUUUUCUCAAUAUGACCUCAUUUUGUUGUGCGAUAAAACAGUAAUUAAUACCUUUUAUCAAUUCCUUAUUAUGUCAUUAGUUGAUUUGAAUAUAGGCCUACUAAGUGUCUGAAUCCACGUUUGUAAAUAUUUUACCACAGCUUUUUUGAUAGCCCAUGUCGCUUUGACUCUCUUUUUUUUUUUAGGCUAUUUGGUGCAAAUCCAUUAACCCACCGUAAGCUACUGAUUGUCCUACCCUCUGAUUUAGGCUACUUGUAUCACACUUAAUUGUAUUUUUGUCUUAUUUAUUUUAGCAGUGUUCCAUAUAUGGCCAGACGUUAUUUAAAUAAAAAUGUUUUCUGUGAA